GCCUCGCUAUCACUAGUUUUAUUUUGAUCUCCCGGGUCCGCUAUUAGCUUUUAGCCAGUUAGCAUCAGCAAGCGUGGUUGCUGCUAACUGCGCUUACAUUGCUAAUACUCUAUUCACACACAUUACCACUGCUGUACUCACUGUUACUUGCUUUAAUGGCGGAUGAAUGUCUCCACUCUGUGCCGCUCGAGCUCGAGGCCGUGGGGAAGCAGAUUCGCGACCUGGAGGAGAGGCAGGCCCAGCUGAGAGAGCGGAGAGCCGCGCUGGAAUCAUCCCGGGCUGACGCUCACAAGUCCGGGGUAAGUAUACAGCGUGCUGUUAACAGUCCCACCACGUCUACUCCGUGUGUUUCUCUGCACAGGCCCGGUGCACCCAGGACGCGAUCUUCCCAGAUGUCCUUCACUGCGACGCCGGGACACCACGGACCCUGGGUGCAUUCACAACGGAGGACGCAAGCCGGGUCCCGGGCGACGACUUCUCCCCCUCCUGCCUUCGAGAUCUCCAUCCAGAACCGCUUCGCUCCCCUCCGCGAGACAGGACGCGACGCUGUGAUCAUCGGAGACUCCAUCGUCCGACACAUACCCGCGAUCCUGAAGGCCGACGAGAGCCCCAGAGCGGUCGUGCUUCACGCCGGGGUUAACGACACCACGCUGCGGCAGACAGAGACGCUGAAGAGGGACUUCAGCAGCCUGAUCGAGACGGUUUGCAGCACGAUGCCUGUGGCGACGAUCGUCGUGUCAGGACCACUGCCCACGUAUCGACGAGGACACGAAAGGUUCAGUAGAGUUUUUGCUUUAAAUGUCAUGGUGUAAAGAACAGAAACUGCUAUUUGUUAAUAACUGGAAUCUUUUCUGGGAGCGUCCUAGACUGUUUCGCGCUGAUGGAUUACACCCCAGCAAAAUUGGAGCGGAGCUGCUCUCUUACAACAUCUCCAGGACACUUCGCUCCAUGUGACGAGUAAGACAAUUCUCAGAUAACUAUUAUGAUGAGUUUUGUUCCACCUGCUUAAAUGAUAAAAGUACUUGCACUGUAAAAACUAUUAAGACUGUGUCUGUUCCCCGAAUAGUGAGGUCAAAAUAUAAAUAUAAUGUAGGAUCUAGAAAAAAUCUUAUCGUAAUUAAACCAGAAAAAUGUAAAGUAAAUGAACAAAAACAAUUUUUAAAGUUUGGGCUCAUAAAUAUUAGAUCACUCAAACCCAAAGCAGUUAUUGUAAAUGAAAUGAUCACAGAUAAUAGUUUUGAUUUAUUCUGCUUGACUGAAACCUGGCUAAAACCAAAUGAUUAUUUUGGUCUAAAUGAGUCUACUCCACCAAACUACUGUUAUAAACAUGAGCCCCGUCAGACUGGUCGUGGCGGAGGUGUUGCAACAAUAUAUAGUGAUAUUCUCAAUGUUACCCAGAAAACAGGAUAAAGGUUUAACUCUUUUGAAAUACUUCUGCUAAAUGUUACUCUGUCAGACAUGCAAAAGAAAUCUAAUGUAUCUCUAGCUCUGGCUACUGUGUAUAGACCACCAGGGCCGUAUACAGAAUUCCUAAAAGAAUUUGCAGAUUUCCUCUCAGACCUUCUAGUUACAGUUGAUAAGGCGCUAAUCAUGGGAGAUUUUAAUAUUCACGUUGAUAAUGCAAAUGAUACAUUAGGACUUGCGUUUACUGACCUAAAAAACUCCUUUGGAGUCAAGCAAAAUGUCACCGGGCCCACUCAUCGUUUUAAUCAUACACUAGAUUUAAUUUUAUCGCAUGGAAUCGAUCUUACUGCUAUAGAUAUUGUACCUCAAAGUGAUGAUAUUACAGACCAUUUCCUUGUAUCGUGCAUGCUGCGUAUAACUGAUAUUAACUAUAUGUCGCAGCAAUACCGUCUGGGCAGAACUAUUGUUCCAGCCACCAAAGAAAGAUUCACAAAUAACCUGCCUGAUCUAUCUCAACUGCUAUUUGUACCCAAAAAAUACACAUGGAUUAGACGAAAUUACUGACAACAUUGGCACUAUUUUCUCUAAUACAUUAGAAGCUGUUGCUCCGAUCAAAUUGAAAAAGGUUAGAGAAAAACGUACUGUACCAUGGUAUAACAGUAAUACUCACUCUCUCAAGAAAGUAACUCAUAGUCUUGAACACAAAUGGAGAAAAACUAACUUAGAAGUUUUUAGAAUUGCAUGGAAAAACAGUAUGUCCAGCUAUAGACAGGCUCUAAAAACUGCUAGGGCAGAGCAUAUACACAAACUCAUUGAAAAUAACCAAAACAAUCCAAGGUUUUUAUUUAGCACAGUGGCUAAGUUAACAAAUUACCAGACGCCACCUGAUUCAAAUAUUCCACCAACGUUAAAUAGUAAUGACUUUAUGAAUUUCUUCACUGAUAAAAUAGAUAACAUUAGAAAUACAAUAGCGAAUGUAGAUUCUACAGCGUCUAACACUUCAGUGUCAUCCAUCGCACCCAAAGAUAAACUGCAGUGCUUUACAACCAUAGGACAGGAAGAGCUAAAUAAACUUAUCACUGUAUCUAAACCAACAACAUGUUUAUUAGAUCCUGUACCCACUAAAUUACUGAAAGAGCUGUUACCUGUAGCCCGAAGAACCGCUUCUCAAUAUCAUUAACUCGUCGUCAUCUUUAGGACACGUCCCAAAACCAUUCAAGCUGGCGGUUAUUAAGCCUCUUAUUAAGAAACCAAAACUAGAUCCUAGAGUACUGGCAAAUUAUAGGCCUAUUUCAAAUCUUCCAUUUAUGUCUAAAAUUUUAGAAAAAGUUGUGUCUGCUCAAUUGAGCACCUUCCUGCAUAAAAAUGAUUUCAGUCAGGUUUUAGGCCCCACCAUAGCACAGAAACUGCACUUGUUAAAAUUACAAAUGACCUGCUUCUUGCGUCAGAUCAAGGCUGCAUCUCAUUUCUAGUCUUACUUGAUCUUAGUGCUGCAUUCAACACCAUAGAUCAUGACAUACUCAUAGAUCGAUUACAAAACUAUACAGGUAUUCAAGGGCAGGCUCUAAGAUGGUUUAGAUCCUACCUGUCCGAUCGCUACCAUUUUGUUUACUUAAAUGGGGAGUCAUCUCAUUUAUCAUCAGUAAAAUAUGGAGUGCCACAAGGAUCCGUCCUAGGUCCCCUUCUAUUUUCAAUAUACAUGUUGCCCCUUGGUAAUAUUAUUAGAAAAUACGGAAUUAGCUUCCACUGUUAUGCUGAUGAUACUCAGCUUUAUAUCUCAAUGAGACCAGAUGAAACUUCCCAAUUAUCUAAGCUAACAGAGUGUGUUAAAAAUGUAAAAGAUUGGAUGACAAAUAAUUUUCCAAUUAAAUUCGGACAGAGAUACUAAUUAUUGGACCAAAAAACACUACACAGAAUCUUGUAGAUUACAGUCUGCAACUAGACGGAUGUACUGUUACUUCCUCUACAGUCAGAAAUCUGGGUGUUAUAUAAGACAGCAAUUUGUCUUUUGAAAAUCAUAUUUCCAAUGUUACAAAAACUGCAUUCUUCCAUCUUAGAAACAUUGCCAAGCUACGAAACAUGUUAUCUGUUUCUGAUGCAGAAAAGCUAGUUCAUGCAUUCAUGACCUCUAGACUGGACUAUUGUAGUGCACUUAUAGGUGGUUGUCCUGCUUCGUCAAUAAACAAGCUACAGGUAGUCCAAAAUGCAGCAGCUAGAGUCCUUACGAGGUCAAGAAAAUAUGAUCAUAUUACCCCAAUUUUACAGUCUCUGCACUGGCUACCUAUUAAGUUCCGUAUCAGUUACAAAUGAUCAUUACUUACCUAUAAGGCCCUAAAUGGUUUAGCUCCUGCGUACCUAACUAGCCUUCUACCACGUUACAACCCAUCACGCACCCUAAGGUCACAAAACGCUGGACUUUUGGUAGUUCCUAGGAUAGCAAAGUCCACUAAAGCUUUCUCACAUUUGGCUCCCAAACUCUGGAAUAGCCUUCCUGAUAAUGUUUGGGGUUCAGACACACUCUCUCUGUUUAAAUCUAGAUUAAAAACACAUCUCUUUCGCCAAGCAUUCGAAUAAUGUAUCUUUUAUUUGUGAGUGUAGUUGCAUCUGAUCAAAUGUGCAUUUUUAUUCAUUAGCUUGGGUAAAACUAAUUUUACUUUGUUGGAUCAGCGGCUAUGCUAAUGAUGUCUCUAUUUUGUUUCUAUGUUUCGCCACGGGUAACUAGGAUUUACACAAGCUCCAGUCUGGAUCCAGAACACCUGAGAAGAGAUGAUGCUGACCCUCAGAGGACCUCAGAUGAUGCUAACCCUGAAUCAACAAACAGAACUAACAAUUAUUGCUAAAUGUGUGACUGAAUCAUAUAAUAACUUAAUUAAUAAUAUUGAUAGUUCAUCGUCUAGCUGACUAUGUCUUUUAUUAUUAUUAUUAUUUUUAUUUUUUUCUAAAAUCCUGUCAAAUGUGCACAAACUACUAGUGACUACUAAAUAUUGUAGAAACAUAAUUUUCUGUAUAGUUGCUUUGUUACGAUUUGUUUUGUAAAAAGCGCUAUACAAAUAAACUUGAAUUGAAAAAACUGAAAUUGAAUUAAUGAGAGAUAUUGGCCUAUACCCUCCUACCUCCUCUGGAUCCUUGCCCUUCUUAGGUAGAACUGUGAUUAUCACUUCAUUAAAUGACUGAGGUAGUCAUCCCACCUCAAAAGCCUGGAAGAACAUUCUAAGCAUAUAAGGUCCCAAUAGUUUGUAAAAUGUUUUAUAUACCUCACAAGAAAUUCCGUCAGGGCUGGGUGAUUUACCCCCUUUCAGUGAUUUUAUGGUGUUCUUUAAUUCAUCUAAUGUUAAAUCGGCUCCAAGAAAUUCUCCAUCCUUUUGGUCCAGCGCAUGUUAGAUUACAGAAAUUUAAAAAGGUCUCCAUAGUGGAAGAUUCAUUAAUUAUAUUUCUAGUAUACAAUGUUAAAAUAGUCAUGAGUCAUGGUCAUUUUCCAACUUUCGUAGUUGUCUAGAUAAUAGUUUGUGUCGUUUAUCACCAAAUUUUGUUUCAUAAACAUUAAAGAUCUUGAAAACUUUUCAGAUAUAAUCUGAUUGUAUCGAUAUCUAUGAUUAAUAUUUUCUUGUGCAGUUCUAAAGAAGGUUUGGUAGCAUUCUCAUUAUCUAAUUUACUUAGCUGUCUUUUUAAUGAUCAUAAAGCUGCUGAAUUUUGUUUAUUUUUUGUACCCUUAAAGGAGAUAAAACAACCCCAUAAAUAUGCUUUAAACGUAUCCCAUAAAAGAGAUGGUGAAGUGUUCGGUUGAUCAUUGGUUUCAAAAAAUAACUCAAGCUGUAUACGCAGGAACUUACAAAAUUUUGUGUCCUAUAAGGAACGACUUGAACUCGAAGACUUGUCAGAUAAGAGGUGAGGUGAGAUAAUCACAGACUGAAGACCCAGAUAAAGAAUGAAUUAAUCUUUACUGUAUCUCAUAGCAUUUUAGUUUUGUAUUGUUUGUAGUGUGAUCAACGUUUGUGUAAGUACUAGAUGUGUUGGGGAAGUAACACAUAACAUUUUAAGGUAUUAUUAUUAUUAUUAUUAUUAUUAUUGGGAGACCUCUUCUGCCUGCGGGUGUCGCUGUUGGACAGUGUUUUCUCUACUUCCUGUUAGCCUUCUGUAGCAAAUCGUAGCUCCCUGUAGCUGUUUUUAUUUUUAUUUAUUUUUUUAGAAUCUUUAUCUUACUAUCACUCUCUGUUUUUUAAAGUGUUUUUUACAAGUUCAUCAAACAACCGCAGUAAGAAUAUUUCAUCAAGCACGGUGAGUAAUGGCUUCUCCUGCUAUUGUUAUUUGCACCUCUUGUCACAUGUACAGUUUAUCUAUCUCUGUCGCAGAUGAGGGAUUCACAUGUGAUAAAAGCAGGGAAAUAGUUAGGCUGACAGAUAAGAUUUCAGAAUUAGAGACACGCAUCCAAACUUUAAUUGAGGACAGUAAGAAUGUUAGGGCUCUAGAUAUGGCUUUGGAUGCGUCUAGCUCAGGGAUUCCUGUACAUUGUCCGGUUCCAGCAGAGCCCCUGCAGCAGGGCAACUGGGUGACGGUGAGGCAGCGUAGUCGUGGGUCAAAACACCGCUCUUCUGUUCCGAUCAAAAGAUUAAACAGGUUCUCCCCACUCAGUGAUGCACCCACUGAGAAACCUGAUGAAAGUGCUCUAGUUAUUGGUGAUUCUAUUGUACGGAACGUGAAUAUAGAGACACCAGCCACCAUAGUCAAAUGUUUACCGGGAGCCAGAGCGCCUGACAUCUUGGCAAAUUUAAAAGUGCUGGCUAAUGCUAAACGUAAAUACAGUAAGAUUGUUAUUCAUGCCGGCGCUAAUGAUGUUCGACUUCGCCAGUCGGAGAUCACUAAAAAUAACAUUAAAGAGGUGUGUGAACUUGCAAGCACGAUGUCAGACACUGUAAUAUGCUCUGGUCCCCUCCCUGCUUACCGUGGUGAUGAGAUGCAUAGCAGAUUGUCAUCACUCAAUGGCUGGAUGUCUAAAUGGUGCCCACAGAAUAACAUAGGUUUCAUAGACAAUUGGACAAGCUUUUGGGGCAGACCUGACCUGUUUAAAAGAGAUGGUCUUCAUCCCUCCUGGGGUGGUGCUGCUCUUCUGUCUAGAAAUAUGGCAAAUAGUCUUAGUGUUUAUACUUGACUAACUGGGGCCCAGGUCAGGAAGCAGACAGACUGGCUAAACCGACCGUCUGCUAGCUGCCUCCCGUCACAGAGGUCAGUUAAUUCUCAGCACAUAGAGACUCUUUCACCUAGAUAUCACACUAUAGAGACUGUGUCUGUUCCCCGAACUAGAAUAUACAAAAAACUUCCAAACCAAGUUAAGAUUAACAAUUUAAAUGUUGAAGUUUUUAAAUGGGCGUAUUGAAACUGUUAUGUUUGGAGAUUUUAACAUAAAUUGGUCAGACAAACAUAGUAAGCAAAAACUUAAAUCAAUUAUAAUUAUCAAAUUUAACCAGUUAAUAAAAGGACCAACAAGAAUAACAAAAACAAGAAAACUCUUAUUGAUUUGGUAUUUACAAAUAAACCUGAACGGGUAAUAAAAACAUAUAAUCUUUUGACAAGUUUGUCUGACCAUAACAUGAUCCUGGUUGUUAGGAAAUUAACAAAGAAACGUUUGCAGAAUAAUUUUAAUCAGAUCUUUAAACCAGGAAAAGUAGGUAUUCCUCAGAGCAAAAUGUUAAAAUUUGAAAAUGAUAUGAAAAACAUAAAUUGGGAUGAUGUAUUACAAAUUGGUGAAUUGGAUAAAAACAGUGAAACUGUGAUGAGAACUAUUGAAAAAACUAUUCAAAAAUACACACAACCGCUAAAAUGUAGACAAAAUGUAUCUCUAACAUGGUUAAAUUCAGAUAUCUAUCAACUAAUGAAAAAGAGAGAUAUAGCUUUGAAAAAGUCAUUGCUUACAAAAACGCACACAGAUAUUAUACAUUUUAAAUCAUUAAGAAAUAAAGUAAUUAGUGAUAUGAGGAAGGCAAAAACUGCAUAUUUUUAGCAAUUGGUUACAGAAUCAGGAGGAAAUAGCUCAUCUCUUUGGAAGUGUAUAAAUAAACUUUCUAAAAAAGAGGGUACACAAAGAAAACCUUUAGUGGAACUGAACAUAAAUGGUAGAUUAAGUACUGAUAGCACUGAAAUUGCCAAUGAAUUUAAUAGAUAUUUUACUCAGUCUGUGGAAGAGCUUGCUAUGUGUUUUAAAACUAUACAACUACCUCAAAAUGUAAUAAAUGGGCAUGGGCGUGCUAGUGGGGGGAAAAGUGGACCUGACUACCCAGGGCCCUGUCUAGAGAGAGGGCCCUUUGAAAUUCCAUCAUUUUUUAAUUUUUUUUGUAGCCUAAUUCGAAUUAAUUGGGCCCUCCAAUUGAGGUCAUUAUUCAUUUCAAAAUAUAUAAAAUAUAUUGAUAACACCAACUGAGAGAAUGAACU